GGCGAGCUAGCCGGCGAGUUGCCAGUCAGUGCACGACGGUGAGCGCGCGCGGUCGACUAUCGACGCGCCCAGCGCACCAUGUUGCGACUUCAAGUGUUGAUCACUUUGUUUGCGCUAGCGACCAAUUCCUUCGUAAACUCCGUACCACAAGGGCUGUGUCUAUCAAGCUUCUGCCUCUGCUUGCCAGCACAGCACCCGAGCUGGAUUAAUAUGAACUGUUCCUUGCCUUCAGACCAGAUUCUGAACAUCAAAGACGGCGACAUUCCUCCAGCGACCAUCAAUUUGGUGAUCACCGGGGCUCGGUCCGUAGAGUUCCAGGCCAAUUCCCUGAGCGGACUGCAGGAUGUCAGGAAAAUUCACGUUAAAGAUUGUUCAGCCAUCGUCAUCAAGAGAUCAGCCGCCGUCGAGCUAUAUCUUGUUCGAGGACUUGUUGAUAUCGAGAACUGCGAUGUACUACGGAUUGAGAACAAUGCCUUUGUACAAAUAAAAGGGCCUUUGUCCGUGAAUAUCACGAAUUGCGAUCGCGCUUCAUUGGAGGGGCCUGCAUUCUCCUGGCUGCUAGAGAUGAACAUCAGCAACGUGAGGCAGCUAGACCUGGCACCUGAGGUGUUUAUGAGAGAUCUAGCUGCCAACCCUGGUACCAAACAUGGACCAGACAUGAAGAUCGAAUUAAAAAAUUUGACAAUAACGAAGAUUCCUGAACAGACUUUCGGUCAUUCAGCGGCAAAAAUAACGAUGGAGGAUGUACAUGUUGACCACAUUAGUUCAAAAGCGUUUUCUGGAAAUACAAUAAGUAACCUAACCGCAUCUGAUAGCUCCUUCAGACGCAUUGACCCAGAAGCCUUUAGUGCAAAAACCCAAAUAGGUUUUCUGAAUAUUAAAGGCUGCAAAGUCCAUGAGCUCGCAUCUAAAGCUUUAUUAUCUGCAGUUACCAACCUCAACAUAUCCAAUUCUAGGUUCGACAAAAUCGAAACUGGUGCUAUCAAUGCGACCGUUGUAUCCGUUGCAAUAUUGGAUAAUAAAUUUCAUAAAUUCAUGACAAAGGGUUUUGAAUUAUCUUCGUUGAACAGACUCCAAAUUCAGAGCAACUCGUUAGAUGAACUACCAAGCCAUGCCAUCGUGGCACCGGGAGCCUCCAUUCACGACUUGAUUUUCGCCGACAAUGAAAUUGAAACGAUCCACUCUGGCAGUCUAGAAUUUAUCGGUCAAGCCUCAACCUAUAGUAAAAUAAUAUAUAAGAGCAACUAUUAUGGCCAAAAAUGCUACUGUAAUAUGACUCAAGCUUUCGAUCAAGCUAUAGGAGUGGACAAUUCAGAUUUUUACGACAGCGAAAGCUUUUGCACUGUGGAUACAUUUGUCGCUCGUUGCUUUAAUGUCCUAGACCAGAACAUGUUGCUCAGAAAAUUUAUAGAUGAGAUGUGUAAUGCAGAUGCGAUACAGUGUGAGCAGUUAAAAUCUGACACCGAAAUUAAGAAUCCAAGAUUUCCUCAUAAAGAGUUUGAAGAAUUCCAAGAAUACACUCAGAGAAAUAACAAAGUGAUAGGUAUAGUUAUAGUUACUGUUUUUGGAUGUAUUUUGAUAGCAUUGUUUAUAAGUUUUAUUAAAUGGAUGAGGCGCAAAGGAUAUUGUCUCACCAUAAAAAAUGUGUUGAUAUCGUCGAACUCAUCUUGCGGGUCGUUUUGUGACAGAAUAUGCACGUGUGGCACGAAUAACGGCCUGGAUAACGCACGAUCCAUCUCUCAGCUAUCUGUACACGAGUACUCAGAGCGACAUAGGCUAAACGAGCCCCGACUAGAGCACGUUAUUCAAGAAACCACAAUGCCCACCUACGAAGAACCUACGCCUACAGAAGACAAAACUACUCAAACCUUACCAGAAGAGCUCACGAAGGAAUUAUUAGAGAAUUUAAAAAAUAAAUUAGAAGAUCCUGAAAACUAUGUUGAGGCUAGAGAAAUGAUAGAACACCUAUAUGAGCUUAUCAAAGUAGAAGAAAGCUGUAACACUAACAGCCGGACAACCAAAACAGAAGAAAAUAUAUACGAACUGCCUUUCCAGAAUACACAACCAAGAAUUGGAAGGAAUAAGAAGAAGAUGAUUAGUAUCGGAACGAGAGUUCCUUCGCUAGAUAAAUUAUUACCCCUUUCACCAUACAACAGACAAACUGCUUUGGCGCACGAAUAUUUUGAGCCAAAAGACUUUGCGGUCCAUUUGUAUGCAGAAAUCGCCAACAAUGAACAAAAAAGAACUUUGUUGGGAGCCAUGCCUGACGUGGUAGGUGAGCAAGCCAGACCGCGGGGUCCCUACUUACGAGCUGUGCGUGACAAGUUGAGUUCUAGCUCGCCCAGUCCGGCCUCCACGCCCUGCAGCUCAUCUAAGACCACGCCUACAAUUAGUCCUAUAGUUAGUCCUUCGCAUAUGUCGAUAAAAUCGACUAAAUCAAACUCAUCAAAUGCUUCAGGGAAGAUGUUGAAUAGGCCACUGCCGCAAAAGCCGGCAAUUGACCCUGGUGAGGGCCCGUCCAAUCAGCAUGGUUGAGAAAGGCUUCCGGCCUGGGGGUUCUACUCCCGCCGGAUUAUCGAAAGACCUCGCAAUGGCCUACGCCGGCGCCAGCGCUGGGCGCUCCCACCGCCGCCGCCGCCGCCUCCAUCGCCAACGACAACGCCACCCUACGAGAUGCCACAAUCGCUGGCGGUGCUUAAAAAAAUAUUUUCUGUGAUAAUAUCUUGGUUUAUUUUGUCAUUAUUACGAUGGUUUCUUGAAGAAUAAUUGCGUUAAGCCAAAUGCGUGUUUUGUAUAUAUUUUUUAAUUAUUUGAAUCGUGCCACUCUGAUCUUUAUAAGCCACAUAAUCACAGAAUUUGUAUUUGUUGUUAAAACGCUUUGUUAUAUUGCAUAAAGAAUUACAAACUUUGCUGUUGUUAUAACCACUAUGUAGUCAAUCAAUGUUUGUCGAUCAUAGAUGUCUAUCAUUAAAUCAAUAUAACCAAAUAUUCAAUGUUCAUCUAGAUUAUGCGAAUAAUAAUGUACUUGUUUAGAAAAUUUAAAUUAUAUUGUAACAUUUUCCUUAGUGGUACACUUAAUAUAUAGCGUAAUUAAAUUUAGUCACUUAUGUUUAGAUGUUCCCCUAAAGUGAUCUUCAUUUAUCGUCCCAAAGGUUAGUGAAAGUAUAAUUUUAUUUUAGGUCAUAGAAAUUAUUACUGUUUUUAUUUCUAGAAAACUUUACACUUCCCAUUUUAACUGUACUCGUAAUACUCGAAUCAGUCGAACAUUGCUGUAAAUCGGCGUGGUGUUUCCUAUGUAAAUAUUUUUAUCUAAUAAACAUGUAGUCCUGUUAUAUGGAUAGUAUAGUAAUCCUUGAUGUUCAAUCAAUAGUUUUUUGACCAUGCCAUAUUUAUAAAUAAAAAUUCAUAAAGCAGUCAUGUUUUUUCUGUCAGUAAUCUAUGCUGUUACUGAACAUGAAUUUAGCUAUGGUAAGUUUUACAUAUUUUGUGUCAUUACUAUUACUUGACUUUUUAUACUAUUUUGCCGUAAAAUUAAAGGCGAAAAUUGAACUAUUUUAAAAAAUUACUGUGUUAUUUCUAUGUGUAGAUAAUAUGUUAUGAGUUUAAUUGACAAAAAUUUAAUAUGGCAAAUGAAACAAUAUCUACUCAUUUUCACUGCCAAACAUACAAUCAUAUAUAAAGUAUAGUAUAGUUGAUGUUCUCCACAGAAACAUUCAAGCCAUGUCCUGUUGUAUACAUACUCGUAGCUAUGUGUAUAUUUUUAUUGUGAAAAAUAUAAGUUACUAUUAUUAAAUAAUACUGUAGCGCUAUUAUACAAAAUUAUCAUUUUUUUCGACACGCCAUUUAUUUCAUACUUAAAGAAAAUUCUAAACGGAUGUCUAUUGAAAUUUUGACAAUCCAUCUUGAAUAAACUGAAUGUUUGGUAAAUAAGUAACUAGUAAUUAAAACUCUGACUGACCAAACACAAGGUAUAUAAUUACGCAGUCAAAGAUUAAACGAGAGGGGUUGAAAAAUUAUAAAUUUACAAUAAUGUGAUCAAGCCAUGUAUAAUAAUCCACCCUAUUUAUUGUAUUUUAUACAUAGUUAUGUGUAGAUAUUUUAUAUAUUGUUCUCAGACGCUAUUAUACAAAAUUAACUUUUUCUACGAGACACUAGAUAUUUAUUUCAAACAAAAAGAAAAGUCUUUUGCUAUAUGGAAGCCUAUUGAAGUUUUUUCAAUCCAUCUUAUACAAACUUAAUGUUUAGUAACUAGUAAUAAAAAAAUUGAAUAGCCGAACAGAGUCAUAAAUUCAUCAACAUAUCAUUUAAUGGUCAAAGAGCAAUCUUGUAUAGAAAAAUUAUAAAUUUACAAUAAUGUAAAGACAUAAAGUGAGAUAGAUAUAAAAAUGUAGUCAAAGUACCUCCCUGAAAAUCUCCUAGUCGAUUCAUUGAAUGAUUCGUAUGGGAGGCCAAACCUUUAUUUCACUGAUAAUUUAUAAUACUGUAAAACUUUGGAAUCGCAUAAAGUGAAAACAAUAGUUAAAAAGUAGUCGCUAAAAGAACUCUGCAUUGAACUCUCUUUGUAUAGGAGGCUAAAUUUCUAUUUUCGGUGUAAAUACUCAGUCUUAUUACUUUUUAGGAUUUGUAUUGGAUGUUAUUAUGAUGUUAGAAUAAGGAUUGAGGCGAUGGUAAAAGCUUUAACUACACUAGUUCAUUGAAAUCAUCGAUCAUUUAUCACUCAUUACGACCACAUUAUAAAUUAUUAAAGAUAAUUCGUAUGUAGAUUUGUAAACUAUAUAUGUAAUGUCGAUUUUUUAAAACAUAAGAUAUAAAUUUAUUUUUAUAUGUGAGAUAUAUAUGUACUAUUUUUAAUUGAUUGAGAGUAGAUAAAGGUACUUUUAUUGCUACAGGAAAUGAAAUAUAUUUAAAAGUAGAUAUGUAUAUAGAUUUCAACCUAAUGUUCCCUAAGUAAAGUAUAAGGAAGGUACCCUUUUACAGCAAAUACUCUAAAAGUAAAAUAGUGCAGGGUUAAAUUGUUUCAGCUGUUAUGCCUAAAAAUAUGUUCAAUUCUACAGAUAAUCACUGUAUCUUCACUCACUAUCUGGAUGUACAUAUGACAUCCAAUUGAAUGUUACUGACGUUAAUUUGAAAUAACAUAUAAAAGACAGAAAUAAAUUUAGUACGGAAUCGAGAAAGAGAUUAUUCGGCUCGUAUAAUCGGAAGGUUCGUAGAGCCAUGCGUGAUGGUGCUUAUUGAUUAUUUAUUAAUGGAUCCAAUUUGUAAAUAUUUUAAUAUUGUAGACCUAAUGUCUAAUGCGAUAAGUGUAUUACCAUAUAUCUUUUGACGUCGUUAUCACUGGUUUGAAUUUUUUUUACAUAUUUUGAGACCAUUUACCUUCUUUGUUGUAUUUUUUAUUACAUUUUAUGUAUAUGUCAUAUUUAUAGCCUGUAUUUAUAAAACUAUAUACUUAUUUCACAUAUAUUUUAAACAACCGUCAUUUAUUUAUAAAAGUUUUAAUAAGAUGUUCUCGAUCCUUAAAGAAUGUACUGAAGUAGUAAUUUUAAUGUGAACGUCCUAAAGUCUCGAGUAUUUUUCUCUAUUUGUGAAAAAUGUAAAAACAUAAUAACUUUACAUAUACCUACACAUAGAAAAAAAAGACAGGAAUAAAAUCUGGAAAUCUGGAAAAAUAUCAGGAAGACAUGUGUUAUUUAAAUAAACUCGUAUCCACACAGGAUACCAGGUACUGAAAAAUAUAGAAUAUUAAAUCAGAAACUAAAUUGGAUAAAAUUAUCUCAAUAUUAAAUCUCGUCCUUACAUAUUUUGUGUGAAAAAUGCAAUUACUAAUCAUUGAUCAUAAAAUUGUAGCUAGUAAGAAAUUUAUUCUAUAGUAUAAACUAGGCUUUACUGGCAUGGUCAACCAUAUUAACCAACUGGUCUAAUCUUCCGAUUGAUUAUUGCGAGUAUGUAGAUUUAAAUGUUUAAUAAAUGUUGAAUGUGUAAAGGCAAA